AUGAAACAAGUAGUUAAAAUCCUUAACUACACUAUAACAUUGCCAAGUGAAGAUGAAUUUUCCAAGUGGUUGUAUGAUGACUGCUUGAUCGGGAUAGAACAGACCCUGCCAGCGGGACUGUAUGCCAGUCCUGAUGAAGUUAAAUCACAUAAGUGUAAGGAAUUGAUAUACACCUUCUUUAAGAGUCCAGUGAAUACAGAACUGUUUGCCGAGGACGCCACUCCUUUGAUGAUGCAGCUGUUCAGUCAUAUAACCAACAACACGUCACAUAUACACAUACAUGUACCCGUUCAUGCCAGGUACCACCGAGCCAGGGCUGAGGGCAGAGCAGUAAAAAACAACAUCCCACAUCCAAAGUUAUAUCUAUACUGUCCGAAGAACAAGUUGGAUCAGUGCGGGGACUUCUACAGUGAACUGUCACAGUCUAACAGCUUCUGUCCCGACCAUGUGUCACUGAAGGUGUGUCAUUGGAAACAAUUACCAGCGGUUGUUGUGUCAGAUCCACUCGAGUGGCAUGUAGCCGUGGGCAACUCAGAUCAUUACUACAUAGUGACAUUUGGUACAGUGAUUGUGAUGUUAGCUGGGACGAUACACGUGUUGAAGACUGUACACAGAUACAAGAUACAGCUAGAGAGAAAUAAAAAGCAGAGGAAACGAACGUAG